GACCACUUCACUUCUAGAAAAAGUCUGUGAAGGUGUAGGUCCUCCUCAUUUUUAUGGAUGUUUAUGGGAUUGCUUGGCUGCAAACACUGGUAUCAGAUUACCAGCUAUAUCUUUUGUGCUGUCUCAUUUCAACAAGAAGUUGUCUAUGGAGGACCAACUCUAUAUUAUGGGGACCAAUAUUGAUGUGUGCACAUUGACAGAGUUUCUACUUGACUCAGUAUCUCUUGAAGCAUAUGUUGAAACUCCAGGUGAACAUUUGCCUGGAUUAUUCUUGUAUAUUGUGACCCAGUUGACUGAAGGUUGUGGCAGUAUCUCACCUUCUGAAUAACAAUGGACUGCAUGCACAUGGCCAUCCAGCAUGGUUACAACUGCAACUGUCAGCAGCAAAACUUUUGGACUUGGCUUUAGCAUUACCUGCUCAUCGUCUUCCCCAGUUCCAAAUUUUGGAGGAGUAGUGGAUCCUUUGCCUCGAUUACCCGGGCAACUGCUUCUGAGAUCAUCAUCCAUUCGUACUAUGCAAGAGCUUCAUCCCUUCUUCACAAGCCUGAGUACAUUUUCAACUUCACCAACUCUGCCAGAAUGGAGUUCAUCACUGGGGCAAUUGGAAGCAGCUCUGGAAACUGAUUUUCUGGAAAGACUGCCAAACAAGUAACAUUCAAUAUUUCUUCAUACCUUAAAACAAGUUUCACCAUCUUGAAUGUGCUUUUCUUGUGACAUGGAGCAUGGACGUUUGCAGAAAUUGUCACCCUCCUUGUUCACUUAAAAUCGCUUAAAUAUUUGUAUUACAAUAAAAUGUUGCAGUUUCUUCAUUGGUUUCAAGAUGUAUUGUUAAUACCAUUUGUGAAUGAUAUUGUGUUUAAAAAUGUUAAGACAAGAUAUUGUUGUAUUGUGUUGUGGAGAAUAACUUUCUGCGUACCAUUUUGGUCAAUCUCUCAAACAUUGCCUUUCAAUGAGUUGUGACAUUCGUGUAUAGGUAUUCAAGACUGGUGUGACAUGUAAUGGUUUCUAAGUGCCCUUCUUCCAGAAAUAUGUAAUGCCAUGAGGAAAAAAAUUAAGUAUUUUUCAAGUUUGUAUGUUAUAUGCAUUUUGUAUAUGAUGUAUGCUUGGAUCAUUAUAUUACAUUGUAGUAUGACAUAAUUGAGAGUGCAGUGGAAUCAAUGUGAUUAGAUAAGAUUAUUUAUAGUUCUGGAAAGAUAUCUCUGAGCAGCAAUGUAAAAUUUAUCCUGUGAUGCAAGGUGCCACCGGUAAUAUUCUUUAAAUGGCGAUAUAAUAUUGAGCUUAUUUCAAGAAUCUAUCUUGUACCUAAUGCAUGCAGUGACGAAGCAGCAUUUCUGAAGAGUUGUUUUUUAAUUCCUAUUCAUGAUUAUUAAUCGUUCUAAUAAUCUUGAUUACAUAUUAUGGACUUCAAUGUAAUUCACAACUAGGUUGUGUUUAACUUUGCAAGGAUUGUGAAUGACUGUCUGAAACAUCACCUUGUGAAUUCAGAUUUACAGAUGUUUGUUUUAUGAGUGAAUUCACUGUUUGUUUUCGGUGAUGACCAUAUUAAAUAAUUGUUAAUGUGAUAUUUGCAAGCCAGUGCUGAAAAUGAGUUAGUGAAAUAGUAGGGACUUUUUAUUACAAGGUACAAGGAAGACAUCUUGUAAAAUGAGCUUUACAUAAUUAUAGAUUCAGUAGUCUUUUCCAAUUUGCAUUUGAAAAGAUAAUUUCUACUAAAUUUAUAUUUCAUUUUAAUGUUAUAUUUUUGUAUCAAUAUACAUAUACAUGUAUUUUAUGCAAUGUUAGCUCUGCAAGAUAUUUAUCAACUUUUUGACAGUAUUACACUGUACAUUAAAUAUAGCCACUGGAGGUCAUUUACUGUUUGAAAUUAUCCUAUUGGAUGGCUUAGUAAAUUUUUACCCUCAUCACUUUGUUUUUCAGAGACAUAUACUGGAUUUUGAUGUUUCAUGGCAAAAAUUCAAUCAUAGUUUUAUUAAUACCAUAUUAAGCAAUUUUUAAUUCACUUUUUGUAGCAGUAUGGUUUUUAUAAUUCAAAUAGUUUCAUGCUUCAGUGAAUCACGUAAUUUUUGGUGUGUUAUAAAAGUUAAGAGAAGUAAUUUCCUUGUUGUGGCCUGAGAGUUCAUUUUCUUUUUGUCAUCUAGUCAUCAAUUUGGAGUGAAGAAAUAUAUAUGAUAGGUUUGGAAGAUGUUACAGGUAAUAAAAAUUGUCAGUGCUUUUAUAUAUGUAUAAUUAUACAGAAAUUUCAGUGUAUUGUAUCAGCAAGAUACACAUGUACAUCUAUACAAUAAAUAUUACAUAUAUACCUG